GGGCCGGAGCAGCCUGGGCCCGGAGGUAUCCGGGCUGGAUGUGGCGGCCGCGCCGCCCAGGCCAGCCUUCGGGGAGGGAGGAGGAGCAGGGGCCGGAGGAGGAAGCCGCCAGGGAGGCGGGGGCGCGGCGGCUCCGGGCGGGUCGGGUUACGCUGGCUCAGCCUGCCCGGGAGUGACAUCCACGCGCGCCCUGCCGCGAGGACCAGGGCCGACGCUCUGAUUCAGGGGGAGGCAGAGACUCCGCCCUGGCCGCAGGAACUGGGUGCUCCUGCUCUAUCUCCUCGCGCGAGAGGAUCAAUCUCAGGCUAAGAAAUGGCAUUUCAAAAGGCAGUAAAAGGGACUGUUCUUGUUGGAGGAGGUGCUCUUGCAACUGUUCUAGGCCUGUCUCAGUUUGCUCAUUACAGAAGGAAGCAAGUGAACCUGGCCUAUGUUAAAGCAGCAGAGAACAUUUCAGAACCUGUUAACAGGGAGCCUCCUUCCAGAGAAGCUCAGCUACUGACUUUGCAAAACAUGUCCGAAUUCGAUAUCCUUGUCAUCGGAGGAGGAGCAACGGGAUGUGGCUGUGCACUAGAUGCUGUCACCAGAGGACUAAAAACAGCCCUUGUAGAAAGAGAUGAUUUCUCAUCGGGGACCAGCAGCAGAAGCACUAAAUUGAUCCAUGGUGGUGUGAGAUAUCUUCAGAAGGCUAUCAUGAAGUUGGAUAUUGAGCAGUAUAGGAUGGUAAAAGAAGCCCUUCAUGAGCGUGCCAACCUGCUAGAAAUUGCUCCCCAUUUAUCAGCUCCGUUGCCUAUAAUGCUUCCUAUUUACAAGUGGUGGCAGUUACCUUACUACUGGAUUGGAAUCAAGAUAUAUGACCUGGUUGCAGGAAGUAACUGCCUGAAAAGCAGUUAUGUCCUCAGCAAAUCCAGAGCCCUUGAGCAUUUCCCAAUGCUCCAGAAGGACAAACUUGUGGGAGCAAUUGUCUACUAUGAUGGACAACACAACGACGCACGGAUGAACCUUGCCAUUGCUCUUACUGCUGCCAGGUAUGGGGCUGCCACGGCCAAUUACAUGGAGGUCGUGAGCUUGCUCAAGAAGACAGACCCCCAAACGGGCAAAGAGCGUGUGAGCGGUGCACGGUGCAAGGAUGUACUCACAGGGCAGGAAUUUGAUGUGAGAGCCAAAUGUGUUAUCAAUGCCACGGGACCUUUCACAGACACUGUGCGCAAAAUGGAUGAUAAGAACGCAGCAGCUAUCUGCCAGCCGAGCGCUGGUGUCCACAUUGUGAUGCCGGGUUAUUACAGCCCAGAGAGCAUGGGACUUCUUGACCCAGCGACCAGUGAUGGGCGAGUUAUUUUCUUCUUACCCUGGCAAAAGAUGACUAUAGCUGGCACUACUGACACUCCAACUGAUGUUACACCCCAUCCUAUUCCUUCGGAAGAAGACAUCAACUUCAUUUUGAAUGAAGUGCGCAACUACCUGAGUUGUGAUGUUGAAGUGAGAAGAGGGGAUGUCCUGGCAGCAUGGAGCGGUAUUCGUCCCCUUGUGACAGAUCCCAAGUCUGCAGAUACUCAGUCCAUCUCCCGAAAUCACGUUGUGGACAUCAGUGAGAGCGGCCUCAUCACGAUAGCAGGUGGAAAGUGGACAACCUACCGAUCUAUGGCAGAAGAUACCAUAAAUGCUGCCGUCAAGACCCAUGAUUUGAAAGCGGGACCAAGUAGAACUGUUGGGCUUUUCCUUCAAGGGGGCAAAGAUUGGAGCCCCACACUCUACAUUCGGCUUGUCCAGGAUUACGGACUUGAAAGUGAGGUGGCACAGCAUCUGGCCGCCACCUAUGGUGACAAGGCUUUUGAGGUGGCCAAAAUGGCAAGUGUGACCGGAAAAAGGUGGCCCAUUGUUGGAGUGCGUCUUGUGUCAGAAUUUCCAUACAUUGAAGCAGAGGUGAAAUAUGGAAUUAAGGAGUACGCCUGCACGGCAGUGGAUAUGAUUUCACGUCGCACUCGCCUGGCCUUUCUGAAUGUCCAGGCAGCAGAGGAAGCCCUCCCCAGGAUUGUUGAACUGAUGGGCAGAGAACUGAAUUGGGAUGAGUAUAAGAAACAGGAGGAACUUGAAACAGCCAGGAAAUUUCUGUAUUAUGAAAUGGGCUAUAAAUCUCGAUCAGAACAGUUAACAGAUCGCUCUGAAAUUAGCCUACUGCCUUCAGACAUUGACAGGUAUAAGAAGAGAUUUCAUAAGUUUGAUGCAGACCAAAAGGGCUUUAUUACCAUUGUUGAUGUUCAGCGUGUAUUAGAGAGUAUCAAUGUCCAAAUGGAUGAAAAUACACUACAUGAAAUUCUGAAUGAAGUAGAUUUGAACAAAAAUGGACAGGUUGAACUCAAUGAAUUUUUGCAGCUGAUGAGUGCUAUUCAAAAAGGAAGGGUGUCUGGAAGCCGGCUUGCUAUACUAAUGAAAACUGCAGAAGAGAACCUGGACAGAAGAGUUCCCAUUCCGGUGGACCGAAGUUGUGGAGGAUUGUGAGUCUGAGCAGUAAAUCCACAGCCAACAAACAUAGGAACAGCAAAGCAUCAUGUAACAACAACCAGAGAUGACUCACACCACUCCAAAAUAGUGGAUCUGGAUAGCUGCCUUUUUUAACACUGGGACACAUUCCAAAGCUUUAGGAUGUCGAUGUAUACCCUUUAUUUGUAUUCGCCAUUCAAUCUAGCUUCUAAAAAGCAUAUUUUAUCUUUUUUUCUCAUUUUGAAGGCACAAUGAUUUAAUCUUUUGCAUCCAUUUUGUGACCUGUUAGACUGGACAUGCUUCCUUUUUGUUUAUUUUUCAUUUAUUCUAAAUUAGUUCUAGAGGCAGAAUAUUUUGGCAGAAAUGGAAAGAAGCAGCUAGAAGAAUUUUGUGACGUGUACAAAGCUCUGGACGUUAAGCUUGUAGAUAGUGUUUGUUCUUAAAAGAAAUUGAAUGGGGAGUGACCUAUUGAAAUGAUAGUGUUUCUGGAGACUUCUCAGCCCCUUCUUUCUCCAGCUUGUCUUCCUUCCUCUUCCAACAGUGUUGUGCAAUUUUAUAUCUAGAGCAUGACUGGAAGAACUGGAGUGGGAAGAAAAAGUUUAGAUCCGGUUACAGGAGUGAGUCGCAAAGAGAAACUCUGAAAGCUUCCAGAAUCACAGGUAUAAGAUAAGGAUAGCACUGACAUUUGCUGGGAGCUACAGUGAUAGUUUCAUCUCAGCAAUUCAUUUUUUUUUCUCCAGUCACUGCUGGUUUUUCUUUGACUAUUAUAGUUGCCAGGAAGAUCCUUGCUUUUUUUACUUUAAAACCAGCGUGUAAGUGGCAAGUUGGAUGUAAUGGGAUGAGACUAAAUUUCUCAAAUCUUUACAGUAGUAAUAAAUUUAAGGAUUAAAAACCUGUGUUUAUAUAUCCACAUAUGAUAGCACAAUUUUCAAUCCCCAAAUCCUAAAUCUUGGAGCAUGUGAGAUUGUCAAACAUAGCCUAUUUUGCUUAGUUUAUUGCAUCAUUUUUUGGGAGUAUUGGUAAAUAGUAAAAGAGGAUAGAAAUAGCCUUUAGUUAACUUUAGUUAUAAUUAUUUGUAAAAAGGCACAAUGCUGCAAUAUUCAAGGUCAUUGUGGUUGCUUAAAGCCUUUCUCUUUCUGUACUCAAUGGAAAAUUUCUCAA